GUGUGUCUCUGUGUGCGUGCGUGUCUGUGUGUACUAUACAAAAUUUCUGUUUUGUUUCGCGUGUGUUGUGUUGUAUAACAACACACAGAAGAGCACAGAGAGAAAAAGAGAGAGCGAGGGCAGAUCAAACAGGAUCGAACUACAAAAGCAGCGUUAACGAACAUCGAGAGCCCGCUGCCAAACAGCGAGCCCGUGAGAAGAAACCAAUUGAUUAAUUUUUUCGCCCCCGAGUCGAUAGAGAAAAAUUAUCACCAUUCCACUAUCAACGUACGACGCCGCUCCCCUUUUGCACACUUACGACGAUAGUCCGCAACGUUGGGCUAACGGUACUAGCAACGGGCAUCAGGCAGGCGUCAUCAUAGAUCAGUUUCGCCACAGCGCCAAAACGAUCACCAUUGAGGGAGGCACCAGUACCGGUGACACGACGAGCAUCGGCGGCGGCGGCGGCACCAACACCAGCAGCAGCGGCAGCGUCAGCAGCAGCAGCGGCGGCGGCGGCAGCAGCGGCGGCGUCAACGAUUUGCGUUUGAUAAUAACGUCGUCGAAACAAAACGAUAUUAUCGAGCGCAAUUACGAUCAGUUGAGCAAUCGCGGCGGUGGAGGCGGAGGCGGCGGCGCCGUUUUAGGCGUCACCAGCAGCAAUAGCGGCGGUACCGGAGGCCAAACACCACCGACACCACAAUCGGCAACAACAGUAACAACACCAACAACGGCGUCAAUAGUUGGUCAAAAGACAUUGCUGAAUACAAGUCCGAAUCUAUUGCCCAUUACCACAGCCACUGAUACGUUCAAUAAUCUCAAGAAUCUGGUUAAAAUUGACAAGGGCACAACAAGCAACGGUACGAAUCAUAACGGUGGCAAUUAUCGCGCCAACAAAUCAGCUGGCGGCAAUAGCAACAGCGGCAGCAACAACGAAUCUGGCUUGAGUGGUCGCAACGGCAGCCGUUCAAGCACUGGUUCAACAGCGGGUGCUAACUCAGGAACAGGUGUAGUUGGAGGAGGUUCAGGAGGACAACAAAUUGGUGGCCCUAGCGGACACUAUUCCAGUGGCUAUAAUAAGAAUACCGUCAAAAUUCGUCAACACGAUUCGGAGCUAAGCCCAAGGCCUCGACGAUCAUAUCAAAACGAUUCGUCGUCGUCGCGUUACUAUAACAAAAAUAGUGACAUUUUGGGUGCAGCGACUGGCAACAAUAAUAGCAGCGGCUUGACUAACGGCAGUCAGCAGAUAGCUGAUAGCAAUAGUUAUAACGGUGGUCUGGGAGUUCAUCGUGGUAGUCGCAAUAACUAUCACUCGAGCUCCUCCGAUGGCGUCAGCUAUAAUCGAAAUCUAAACACAAAUUCGGCGGGAGGCAACAGCAGCAGCUAUCGCGCCUCGCAUCAAGCAACUGGCAGCGGCUCACGCUACGAGACGGUCAAUGGCAAUGGCAACAGUAGCAGCAACAACAUCAACCACAACAGCAGCAGCAGCAGCAGCAGUAGCAGCAGCGGACAACAGCAGCAGCAACGUCAUUACGGCAACAAUUCGACAAUUGGCAAUCCAAAUAAAACAAAUUACGGCUCACAGCGUAACGAUGGCAACGGCAGCAGCAGCAACAACAACAAUAACAGCGGCAGCCUGAGUGGACGCUAUCAACGUGACGACUAUAGCCAACGGGACAAUUAUAGGGAUAGCUACGCAGACGAAUCACCGGCACAUCAACGCUAUAGCGCAGGUGGUGGAGGAGGAGGAAGCGGAGGCGGACGUUACAAUAAUCGAGGCAACAACGAGGAACGUUACGAGCGUGGCCAAAACUUGAGACACGCUGCAGCGAGCAACAGUCAGCAACAGCAGCAGCAACAACAGCAACAUCAGCAGCAGCAACAGCAGCAUCAGUAUCAGCAACAAUCAUACAAGUCGUCCACGCCGCCACCAACAGCAUCAACAUCAUCAGCAACAGGAGGAGCAUCAUCAAUUGUUGCCGGAGCUGGAGCACAGCUACCCAUUACUGGACGCUGGAUACCGCCAUCGUUGCGUCCACAGCAUGGCCUAACCCAAAGCGAAAAGAACGAUGCAGUUUUCCGGCGUGUUCGUGGCAUAUUGAAUAAGUUGACUCCAGAGAAAUUCCAAGAGUUAAGCGAUGAGUUGCUCAAGCUCGAUUUAAAUUCGAUUGUCAUACUGAACGGUGUCAUCUUGUUGAUCUUUGAUAAAGCCUUGGACGAGCCAAAGUACUCGUCUAUGUAUGCACAGCUGUGCAAGCGUUUGUCCGAGGAAGCGCCAUCAUUUGAAAAGGAACCAAACAAUUCCUGCACAUUUCUACGUCUUCUAAUUGCCGUCUGUCGCGACAAGUUCAAUAAUCGUUUGAAACGUGAUGAGGCCAACGAUAAUCGACCACCGCCAGAAAAUGAGACCGAUGAAGAGGAGCGACGCCAUUUGGCCAAGCAGCGAAUGCUGGGCAAUGUUAAAUUUAUUGGCGAACUCAAUAAGUUGGAUAUGCUGUCGAAGAACGUGCUGCACUCAUGCAUUAUGGAGCUAUUGGAUAAGAAGAAGAAACGUACGGCCGGGGCGCAAGAGAUGUGCGAGGACAUGGAAUGCCUGGCUCAAUUGCUCAAGACUUGCGGCAAGAAUUUGGAUUCAGAACAGGGCAAAGAGCUGAUGAACCAGUAUUUUGAGACGUUGGAACGUCGUUCAAAAUCAACUGAAUAUCCACCAAGGAUACGCUUUAUGCUAAAGGAUGUCAUCGAGCUGCGUCAAAAUCAUUGGAUACCACGCAAAGUUGGCGGCAGCGCCGAAGGACCCGUCCCGAUAAAGCAAAUACGCUCGGACGAUGACUCAAUCAUACGCACUCCGUUCGCCAAUCGCAAUCGCGAUAUGCGCAACAAUGAUCGUGACGGCGAUAGCUGGAUGAAUCGCUUCCAUUUGAAUAUACAGCCUGGCGGCUACAAUGAUAUGUUUAGCGGACUAAGUGUUACGGGCGCAUCGCCCAUCGUAUCACCAUUUGCCACAAGCAAUAAUCGUGAUCGAGAUCGUGAUCGCGACAAUCGCCAAUACAAUAAUCGUGAUCGCAAUCGUGACCAGGGCGGCAACAGCGGCGGGGGUAGUGGAGGCGGCGGCGGCAACUACAACAACAAUCGCUACAACAAGCACAACAAUCAGAAUGGAUCUGGCAACGGUGGCAAUGGCAACAAUCGCGAUGAUUCACGUGGUGGCGGCGGCGGCAGUGGCGGCUCGCAUCGUAGCAAUGAUCGAAACAACGAUCGCAGCAAUGAUGGUCAAUACGGCGGAAGUGGAAAUCAAAUGAUGCUGGGUGGCAAGGAGCUGGCGCCACGUUUCAAACGCAAUUUGAUAUCGACCAAUCAGGAUUCGGUUGAGAAUCUUCAAAUGCGUCCGGCAGCCAAUUCAUUAUUGUUCCGCGCCGCCUCACAGAAUCAAAAAUUCCCGGGCACGUUGCCCAUUUCGACGCCUCCAAGCGGCAACAGCAGCAGCUCAUCUGCACAGCAAUCGGCAACAUCGCAGCUUUCCAACUCGCACUAUCCAUUACUGGGCACGCCAACAUCACAUCUCAUGAACACUCCGGCACGUCCAUCGUCCACACCCUCGGCGGAGUAUGGUAUCGAGAAUCGUGGACUGCACGCAGUUCAACAGUUGGGCGAAAAGAGCCUAAAGGCAACAUCGUCAUCGCCCAAUUUUGGACAAGCAGCUGCCUUGGAGCAGGAGAAGAAGAUAUUAGCAGGCUUAGCGACAGGUGCAAAUGAGAAUAAGGAGCAGCAGCAGCUAGGAAACAGCGCUAAGAAUGGUGCCAUGGAGCGACCAACAACACCAUCUGGUUCUGGCUCCGGCAAACAGCAGAAGAAAGAUAAGGGACCAAGCAAGGAAGAGUUGACGAAGAAGGCACAUGCCUACUUCAAAGAGAAAUUCUACUAUGAGGAACUGGAAACGGAAGAACCAAUUGUGAAGCAAGAAAUCGAGAAUGAAGAUGAACAACAAACCGAAUCGGAAACAGUGGAAAAAGUCAAUGGUCAACCCGAUCAGUUUAUGGAAUUAGUCGAGGGCUUCGUUGAUCUAAAACUGCCAGAGAAAUCGCUCAAGGAUGUGUGUCUCAAUCUAUUGAUGGAAGUGCUGGACCGAGUCAACGAUGUUUAUUUGGAACGCAUCGUGCGCUUCAUGCAGACCUUGCGCAAACAGGCCACCAUCAAGCCAAAUGUCAUCGUUGAGAUCUUCAAGCAGUUGGUCAAUAAAAUGAACGAACGCGAGGCACUGAAUCCACGCAUCACAGCCUUGGUGGCUUCCGUGCUAAGCAAGGCGGUCUGCGAGCCGGCACUGAUCAAACUCAACGACAUUGCCAAUUAUACUGACAAUGGACAGCAUUAUCCAUUAUUCUUGCUUGUGCUACAGCAGCUGCACAAGUCCAUUGGCAAAGAUGCGCUGGAGGAGAAGUUCCGAGCUAGCAAAAUUGAUUUGAUGAAUAGCCUGCCCGAGGUUGAUCGUAACAAGGAGCGUUUGGCGGAAAUACUAGAGGAUCGGCAGUUGUCCUUCCUUUAUCCAUUGCUCAAGGUGCAGGCAGAGAUGUUGAAACAGCUACAAAACGAUCCCAAUCCAAAUAAUUUCUACAAGUGGGUCAAAGCUAACGUAGAUAACAAAUACUACAAGGAUCCGGGCUUCAUUCAGGCACUCAUGACCGUUGUUGUCAAAUACAUCACCAAGGAAACAACAUUGGCCAGCAACAUCGAUCCCAAAGAGCAUCCCGAGAAAUCGAUAACACAGAAGGAACAAAACAUGCUCGAGACCUACAGCCAAAUGCUGCAGACUUUCUUAGGUCAAAACGAAUUACAAUUGAUGGCGCUUUAUGCACUGCAGUCUUUUUGUUAUAACGAGAACUUCCCCAAGGGAAUGCUCUGUCGCUGGUUUAAAUAUCUCUACGAUUCCGAGAUCAUUGAAGAGGAGGCAUUCGUUUUAUGGAAGGAAGAGAUAUCGGACAAAUAUCCAGGCAAGGGUUCGGCUUUGUUCCAGGUGAACGCCUGGUUGACUUGGCUGCAGGAAGCCGAAUCCGAGGACGACGAGGAUUGAAGCGCCCAAUCAAUAAACGAUGCAUAAUAACCCAAAACACACACUAUAUAUGUAAUAACACUUCUAUAUAUAUAUAUAUAUUUAUUCGCAACCAGCAAAAACGUAAAA